CGCGACCACCGAUUGGAGUGGAGAUUCCCGGCGAGAGCCUAUAAAACCGGGAAAGACAACAGCAGGAACCAGCAAAGGCAGAGAACGUGAGAAAUUCCAGGAACUGCACAGUGUCCAUCUGUCUAUCCCCGUGUGACUGAAACCGAAUCAGAUUAAGGAUGAUGGGCUGUGGAUGUGUGAUGCUCUCCGGUCUGCUGACACUGACCUUGUUCCACUGCAGUGCAGAAAGCCUUCACGUACCCCAAGAAAGAUCAGAGUAUGUGGAAUCAUCUGUUGUGGAGGGCCGCAGUGUCCAGCGAGGCCAAACCGAGCAGAAGACAUCAGGAGCUGUGAACGCUAAACUCCUCCUGCACGACCAGCUGGUCCGACUGGAGAACGAUGUCAUUGAGACCAAGAGGAAACGGAGCUUUCCCGGAUCCAACACGCCUCUUGAUCGUCUGUCAAUCAGCACUAUGGAUCCCAAAAGCAACAAGCAGAGGAAGGCCGUUGAGUUGCCAAGGCGACGAGUCAGCAAUCCGAUUGACCGGAUUGGUGUAGGCCGUCUUCCCAGCAGCCGAGGAUAGACUCCGCCUCCGCCACGCCCCGAUACACAGGUGCGGUACUAUUGAAGGUAGAUGAUAUGCAUGAUAAGCACACCAGCCAACACAUCUCACUAAACAAUGAACAAUCUCAGCGUUCUCAACACACCUUUAAACAUCGCUGCCCCAGAGCUGUUCUUUCUCACUGAUUUCUGAUUUAGACCCAUUCAAACGGUUUAUUUCCAGUUCUAACUCAUCUUAUAAAUUCAACGGCUAAACUGUAUUUCUUUCAUGAAAUGAGUUCCGUUUAUGAUGUCAGAAGCAUUAGCCAAUCAGAGAGGAAUCUGCUCAUAGCAUCUAUUACACAUCACAAUAUUUACUCCAGUGCCUCACGACUUCUCGCUUGCUGUAAAAUACAUAACUAAUGUCAUGUUCUCACUUUGACUGGAGGCUGUUCAGCCUUGACAAUAAAACAAAUGAAAAUCUA